AUGCCACCCCGCGCCAUUGUCCCACCGGCAUCGCCAUCAGCAGAUAGCCACAUGACGGGUUCAGACGACGAAGACGGUGCCUCGCCCAACUCGGCCGGCCCGUCAUCCGUAGCAGGAAGCGGUACCGGCGGUGGUGGAGGACCAGGAUCAAAGUCUAAACGUCCUCGUCCUUACGCAUCCAAGACCUGCUCCGAAUGUAGACGCCGCAAGAUCGCCUGCGUACCGAGCGACCAGGAUCCGGACAAGUGCAAACGCUGUUUCAAGAUGCAGUUGCAUUGUACGCUACCAGAUGAAGAGGAACGUGGGGAUAGGAGAAAGAAGGGUGGGAGACGAGACGGUGGAGCUGUCAAGCGUGAGAGGGAUGGUGGUGCGGAUAUGAGCGCAGACUCUUCAAGGGAUGCAACAGCGGGCCCGAGCUCGUCGACGCUGUCAGCAGCGAGCGGCAAGGUGACGAAGAAGAUCAAGGGCAACACCGGCAAGCAAGACCCUUCUCCACCGUCUUUGCCACAUCCAGACCGCGAGAAGACUGAGGAUCAGCCAGACACCGACUUUCUCUAUUCCCUGAAAGAUGACAAAGCUCGCCUACGCCCAGGCCUCGCCACUCGGCCCGGCGCCGCACAGCAACGACGUAUCGUAGGCGCUCCACGCAAGCUGGCCGACGCCAAUCGUCGCAUCGCAGUACAGUUCAGCAUGCAAGUCCACGGCUGCCCAAUCUGGAUCUACUCCGACUUGAUGGCUCGCUUCGACCUGCUCAGCGAGUUGUCCCUUCCCCCUCCUCCCGCGGGCAAUGGCCGCAUGAACGGGUGUGAUCUAAGUGCACGACUGACCGACUUGUCGCCGCAGACGGUCAAGCACAUUGACGACGUACUUGAGGACACCAGGCUGAUGAUGCCGCACAUACCACUUCUUCAGACAGUACUUGCUCAGCAAGCGGGACGGUACAAUUCGGGUCGGCUGCUCCUCAUCGCCUUGCUGGUGUACAUCGCUACGAGCGGAGCAGACCCUGCCCACUCCUUGGUGACAGGACAGCUCAAGGGGCAAAUAAUAGACGAUGUACGCGCGUGGAUCCAGCACCAGGCGCUGAAUUGUGUGCUCUUCUCGCCUGUCAAGUCGCGCGAGCUCGUCAUAGCCAUUGAGCUCUUAGCUGUUUACGACCCGCUGUUGAGCCAGGGAUCGUUGGAGCACCUGGAGACGCCCAGUUUCAUCCUACCCACAUCGUUCUACUUGGACGCUGCGAUUGGAAGGGCCUCACGCUCCCACAUCGAGGCGUCGAUCCGGUCGCUUCAAGAUUGGUAUGUGCAAGAGACAUCGUCCGGUGCCGGGUCGAGCGCAAAUACACCUCUACCAGAGCGCAUCGUCGAAGCGCUGAUGGACGCAAGCAUGUGGGUCUCCCUCGAAGUCACGUCGGGAGAGGUCAACCGCAACAUCAAGGGUAUGACAAAUUGCUUUGCCAAGGACUACGUCUCCAUGUGGCCUGGCGUGACGCAUCCUGCCGAUUCCUCCUCGAACGCCGCGCCAGCGUUCAGCUCCAUCCUCACGCACUGUCUCGCGCGCCUACCCGCAAGCACCAUCAGCCUGGGAGCGCGUCUCGGGCUAGUGAACUUGGCGCUCCGCCACUCGGGCCUCAUGUUGGUACAACAAGUCCUUCGCGACCUUUACGAUGGGAUUCCCGACGUGACCAAGAUGGACAGGCUGUACUUAUUCUUACAGGAGUCCCUCACAAAGAAGUGCGACGAGUUCAGCAAGAUCUGUCAGGAACGAGUGGUCGCCAAGACGAGCAGCGCAGGUGGCGGUGGCAGCGAGGAGGAAGGCUCAUCCGCCUCUGCCCUGUUGAAGGGAGCGCUGAUUGAUCUGGCGAACGACACGCUCGAGAGGGAGGCGACGUGGAUGAGACAUUUCUACGGAGGCUACUGCUUUGCGAUUCUUCUCUGGCUUCCGCAAUUGCGCAAAGCUCCGACGCCAGCAUCGAGGAAGAAGAAGGCGGGUGGAUUGGCGGGGACCAUCGCUCACUCUGGUGGCGGUGGAGCUCAAUCGCAACAGGGCUCCUCGGGGAGUGCCGCCAAUCCAAGCAUCGCAGGUGUGGCAUCUGCUGCGGCUUCUUCUGCCGCAGCCUCAGGCGCUGCUGCAGGCCCAUCAAGCACUGCGGCAGACGAGGACGGCUCGAGCACACCGGGAGAAGCGGCAGCCCCGCGUUUCCACGAGCACGGCGUGCACGAUUCAGAUCUAGCCAAGAGCGUCAUUGACGCGAUCAGAGACCGCAACACCAACCCGGACACGAUUAUGGCCGACGCAGCGUCGGGCAACGCCAGCUCACCGAAGUCAGCGACAGGGCGAGGAGCCGCCACAGCGACUCCCAGCGCAGCCCCUGCUGCUCCUUCAGCCCGUGCGCCAGGCAUGUCACCCUUCGACUUUCUUGUCAAGCACACAGCAGAGCACGAAGGCGGUGUCACGCGCCUACUCUCGCUGUCCCUCCUCACCAACUCGCGCUCGCGCUCGUCUGAUGUGCGUCGCGCCGUGACCAACUCGCGUCUCCUCUACGCCUGCAAGGAGAUUCUUGAGAACCACGCGACGAGGCGCAGAGGGUGGGGAAAGGUGGGCGAGGAGGCGAUGGGGCAUGUCAGGCUGUUGGGCAGGGUCUGCGAUGCGUACAAGGCGAAGGGCAAUGUGUUGGAUACUAGUCUGGCGAAGCUUGUCAGGGUGCUAGAGAGGGUAUUGGAUGGAUGGAGACGCGCGCCGCUGCAGCAGCAAGGGCCGCCGGCGCAAGCUCCGCCAGGUGUCAAUCGAGCGAAGGCCGAGCGUGACGAGCAACAACAGCGUCAGCAGCAGCCAGACGGCGCCGCCCACGGCCACGGAGGCGCAGCGCCUAGAGGCAGUGCAGGCGGGCAGCACCCUCCUAACCUCAUGCCCAGCCCCGGCGCCAUGCAACGUCAUCUGGCCUACGCUGCGUCACCGCUGCCGCCGCCGCAGCAGCAGCAGCAUCAGCCCCAGCGCGGUCCACCUUACUAUGGCGGCGCCCCCAAUGCUCCGAGCAUGCACGCCCACUAUCAGGGACCACAGCGCAAUGAACAGUAUGGGCCCGCGGGAUCGUCCGGCUACUAUGGCCAACAGCAGCAUCAGCCCGGGCCCAUGGCUUCAACCUACCAACAGCAGGGAGGCGGCUCCAUGGGACAGCGCGGUAGUCUGGCGAGCCAUGCUGCCUAUAAUGAGCCGGGAUCGUACGGUCAACAGCAGCAGCAGCAGCAGGGAUACCCAGGCCAGGUUGGAUACAGUGGCAAUGGCAAUGGAUAUGGCGGAGCAGGGCCGCAAAGCUACGCGCAAUACUCGCCGUACCAUGGCCAGCAGCAGCAGGGCCAGGGCAAUCCCAUCACUCCAUCCUCCGCCGGCUUCGCCCCACUUUCGCUCCUCGACCUGGACCUCCUAGGCAACGAUCGCCAACACGAGCAGAAUUACGAUGGCGGGAGUGGGAAUGGCUCUCUCAGCGCGGGCGGCAACGGGAGCUCAACCUUAGCUGGCGGUAGUGGGAGCGGCGGAGGUGCCGAGGGCAGUGGGGAUAGCUCCUUUGGUGCCUCGUUGGUGGACUUUGACGUCGAUAAUCUGUGGCAAAGCUUUGGUGGGCCUAGCACCACGUUGAGUGUUGGGAUGAUGAUGGAGGACUUUAUGGGUGGCGCUGCGAGUGGAGGAGGAGGUGGCGCUUUACCUGCUGGCUUUGCACAGAUGGCAGGGCAUCAGGGCCAGCAAGGGGCAGGAACAGGAGGAUACGAAGGCUUCCCGCCCGGAGGAGCAGGCGGUGGAGGCGAUGAGUUCAGCCAAUUCAUGGCGGCCGCUGCCGGGGGUGGUGAUAGCGGCGCCCUUUCCUCCGGUGGCGCCACUCAACAGCAGCAACAGCCGCAGCAUACCCAUCAACAGCAGGGUCAGCAGAAUCAUCAGCAGCAGCAGUUCGCAGGUAUGCAAGGUGGAAUGGGCGGUGGUGGAGGUAGUCAGGCGGCCAUGGGUGGAAUGCCACCCUUGUCCGCUGGGCUGGGCGAGUUUGAUUGGGCGACUAUGAGCGAAUUGUUCCAGCCUUGA